UUAAUAAAAAGUACGAAGCCGUAAAAGAAAAACUUAACAUGAACACUUAAGUUUCAUCGUCAACUUGAGAUACAAGUCCAAAUAAUUCCGACACAACGAAAUAAAGGUAGAGGAGACAGAACAGAGAGUAGUAUGCGCAUUACCAAACACAUAACUGUCAAUAGAGACCUCUCUUACUUCCAUUCUCUACUCAAAUCUUGUAUUCAUGGUGAAAUCUCUUCUUCUUCUUCUUCUUCUUCUUCUUCUUCUUCUUCUCCAAUCACUAUCUUCCGUGACUUACUCCGUUCCUCUCUUAUACCAAAUCAUUUCACUAUGUCUAUCUUUCUCCAAGCCACUACUACCUCUCUCAAUUCCUUCAAGUUACAAGUCAAACAAGUCCAAACCCAUCUCACAAAAUCAGGUCUUGAUCAAUUCGUUUACGUGAAAACAUCUCUUCUUGAUCUCUACUUGAAGAAGGGUUGUGUAACUACUGCACAAAUGUUGUUCGAUGAAAUGCCUGAGAGAGAUACUGUUGUUUGGAAUGCAUUGAUUUGUGGGUAUUCACGAAAUGGUUAUGAAUCUGAUGCGUGGAAGCUUUUUAUUGUAAUGCUUCAGCAAGGGUUUUCUCCUUCUGCUACUACGCUUGUAAAUUUGUUACCUUUUUGUGGACAAUGUGGAUUUGUUUCUCAAGGGAGGUCUGUUCAUGGUAUUGCUGCAAAGUCUGGCCUUGAAAUGGAUUCUCAGGUGAAGAAUGCGUUGAUUUCGUUUUACUCAAAGUGCGCGGAGUUGGAUUCUGCGGAAGUCUUGUUUAGAGAAAUGAAAGACAAAAGCACAGUUUCAUGGAAUACAAUGAUUGGUGCUUAUAGCCAGAGUGGUCUCAUGGAAGAGGCCAUCACUGUUUUCAAGAAUAUGUUUGAGAAGAGCGUCGAAAUUAGUCCGGUCACUAUCAUCAAUCUUCUUUCGGCUCAUGUUAGUCACGAGCCACUACAUUGUCUUGUUGUUAAAAGUGGAAUGGUGAAUGAUAUAUCUGUGGUUACUUCUUUGGUUUGUGCAUAUUCAAGGUGUGGGUAUUUGGAUUCAGCAGAGCGUCUUUAUGCAUCUGCUAAUCAAGAUAGUAUUGUUGGCUUAACUUCGAUUGUUUCAAGCUAUGCCGAGAAAGGAGAUAUGGACAUAGCGGUUGUGUAUUUUUCUAAAAUGCGUCAGCUGUGUAUGAAAAUCGAUGCUGUAGCUUUGGUUGGAAUUCUCCAUGGAUGUAAAAACUCUUCCCAUAUCGACAUAGGAAUGUCGUUACAUGGUUAUGCGAUCAAAAGCGGAUUGUGCAGAAAAACGCUGGUUGUGAAUGGACUAAUAACGAUGUACUCUAAGUUUGAUGAUGUAGAGACUGUCCUGUUUUUAUUUCAGCAACUGCAGGAGACUCCUCUAAUUAGCUGGAACUCAGUGAUAUCCGGGUGUGUACAGUCUGGAAGGGCAAGCACAGCAUUUGAGGUGUUCCAUCAGAUGAAGUUAAGUGGUGGACUUUUGCCGGAUGCCAUUACGAUAGCAAGUUUGCUUGCUGGCUGCUCCCAGCUCUGUUGCUUGAAUUUGGGGAAGGAACUUCAUGGUUAUACUCUUAGGAACAAUUUUGAAAAUGAGAAUUUUGUUUGCACUGCUCUGAUAGAUAUGUAUGCCAAAUGUGGAAACGAAGUACAAGCGGAAAGUGUGUUCAAGAGUAUAAAAGCUCCGUGUACAGCAACAUGGAACUCAAUGAUAUCAGGAUACAGCUUAUCGGGGUUACAAAAUCGAGCUCUUUCUUGUUACUUGGAAAUGCGAGAGAAGGGGUUGAAACCUGACAAGAUCACGUUUUUGGGGGUUCUGUCUGCAUGUACCCAUGGAGGCUUUGUCGAUGAAGGAAAAAUAUAUUUCAGAGCAAUGAUCAAAGAGUUUGGAAUAUCGCCAUGUUUACAGCAUUAUGCACUUAUGGUUGGUUUGUUGGGAAGAGCAUGUUUAUUUACUGAGGCAUUGUAUUUAAUUUGGAAGAUGGAUAUAAAGCCGGAUUCUGCAGUAUGGGGUGCUCUGCUUAGCGCGUGCAUUAUUCACAGAGAGUUGGAGGUUGGGGAAUAUAUAGCUAAGAAAAUGUUUAUGUUGGAUUACAAGAAUGGAGGGCUAUAUGUAUUAAUGUCAAACCUAUAUGCAACAGAAGCAAUGUGGGACGACGUAGUCAGAGUCAGGAAGAUGAUGAAAGAUAAUGGAUAUGAUGGUUACUUGGGAGUUAGCCAAAUAUAAUAAUUUCAAUCUGAGAAACAACAGAACAGGUUGCUUAUACGUUCUGUUAAUACCUCAGUAUUUUCGCCUGAUAGUGUGGCGAUGGUGAGGAGAAAUAACUGGACAGCUCGAACAGAAUAUUUGUUGCUCAAGCUUCAUUGAUGAAGGUUUCUCGGAAUCCUUGAUAAAGCCUUGAAGAAUAUAUUAUAGAUCAUCGACCAUAUCUCUAUCCAGCUGAAAACGACAAAAGAAACUAGUUGUGGUUGAUUUGUAGAUGACUUCUUGUGGGAGCUGCAAAUACAUAGAACAGAGCUACUCAUAAAGUAUGUUCUAAUCUUAUCUUCGAAGCUUGAACUGUGUGCAUGUAAUAUCUUUCGAAUUGCCAUAUCAAAGUGGAUGGUUCUGUGUAAUAAUUGGCUGAUAUCUCCUUCAUCUGAGCUCUCCGUAUGAUGCAACUGAUGGAUCCAAAGCUUUAGGACCCAAGACCUAACUAUGACUCCCACUGCAUCUAUCGUCACCGGUCAAACCAUCUCUCUUCAUCUUCUCCUCUUUAGCCUUUCGACAAA